AUGUCUGUCCCUUUAACCAAAGUCGACUCUGCCAUCGCUGGCUUGCCCAUAGCGGACGAAAAACCAAUUGAGAAAGAUGUCAAGCAGGGCACGAAGAAGCGUAACUCAUCAACAGCAGAAGGCGUCUGGUCCAUGAAAGACCUUGAGGAACAAAAGAUCGAAAUCACCCUACCCAUCGAGACCCAGAAGACUGGGUGGAAACUCAAUACCUCCCCCACCACCAUCGAGGACAAGGACAUCCUCAAAAUGCUUCUCAUCAAUCCCCCAGUCAAGAAGAUUGACCUCCACUUCCCCCUAGGUUUGGAAGUGACCGCUCGUAACUCCAAGGGCGUCACGAUCAAGGAUGCACUAGAUGCUAUCUACAAGCAGUUCAAGAAGAAGGCGGACGACGAGCUCGACAAGCCCUACCUGGCCGGCUUCGAGUGGGACAAGGACGAGAGCUGGACUCGCUUGGUGGUUCACCAGACCAAGACAGGUGCCCCCGCGCCUCCAAGCAAAAAGUCCAAGAAGAAGGCCAAGGAAGAGGCAUAG